AUGGCUGAAAUAACACUAGGAACUUACAUCUUCGAACGUCUGAAGCAAAUCGACGUCAAGACUAUCUUUGGUGUUCCAGGAGAUUUCAACUUGGCUUUGUUGGAUCACAUCUAUGAAGUUGAGGGCAUGAGAUGGGCAGGAAACGCCAAUGAAUUGAACGCUGCUUACGCUGCAGAUGGUUAUUCCAGAGUGAAGUCAAUGGCUGCUUUGAUCACCACCUUCGGUGUCGGUGAGCUCAGUGCCGUCAAUGGUAUCGCUGGUUCCUUUGCCGAGCAUGUCGGUCUGCUGCAUAUUGUCGGUGUCCCAGCUAUCUCUUCCCAGGAGAAGAAGCUGUUGCUUCACCACACCCUCGGUAACGGAGACUUCGGUGUCUUCAAGCGUGUCUUCAAGAACGUCUCCAAGUCUGCCAACUUUAUCUCUGAUAUCAACGAGGCUCAAGAUAUGAUCGACGGUGCCAUCCGUGAAGCUUUCAUUUACCAACGUCCUAUCUACCUUGGACUGCCAACUAACCUUGUCGAGAUGAAGGUUGACAGAACUCGUUUGAACACCCCAAUUGACUUGAAGCCAGUUCCAAACCCAGUCGAGGCUGAGGAGGAGGCAUUACAGUCCAUCUUGGAACUGAUCUCAAAGGCUUCAAAGCCAGUUAUUCUGGUUGAUGCCUGUGCAUCCAGACACUUCUGUCAAAAAGAGGUUGACCAACUCAUUGACGUCACCAACUUCCCAGUCUUUGUCACUCCAAUGGGUAAAGGUGGUGUUGACGAACAAAAGCCACAGUUUGGUGGUGCUUAUGUGGGUUCUCUGUCUAACCCAGACAUUACAGAGUUCGUGGAGAAGGCUGAUCUUGUCAUCUCUGUUGGUGCUCUUCUGUCUGACUUCAACACUGGAUCUUUCUCUUACUCCCACUCCAAGAACAUUGUUGAGUUCCACUCUGACUACACUCAAAUCCGUAGUGCAGUGUUCCAAGGCGUUCAGAUGAAGGCCCUAUUGCAAAAGCUGUUACCACUUGUCGGUAAGGCAUCUAAGCACAUUACUGCUCAAGUUCCUCCAAAGAUUGCUCCUCCUAUCGAAAAGGGUGCCAGCGAAGAUUUGACCCAGGACUGGUUGUGGAGCAACAUCAGCAAGUUCCUCAGAGCUGGUGACGUCGUCAUCACAGAGACCGGAACCUCUGCUUUCGGUAUCGUUCAAUCAAGAUUCCCAACCCACGUAUCUGGUAUUUCCCAGGUCCUGUGGGGUUCCAUUGGUUUCUCCGUCGGUGCUACCCUAGGAGCUGUCUGUGCUACUGAGGAGCUCGACCCCAACAGAAGAGUCAUCCUGUUUGUUGGUGAUGGUUCUUUGCAACUGACCGUCCAGGAGAUUUCCACUAUGGCUCGCUGGAACUUGAAGCCAUACCUGUUCAUCCUUAAUAACGAUGGUUACACUAUCGAGAGAUUGAUUCACGGUGAGAAGGCUUCUUAUAACGAUAUUCAACCAUGGGACCACCUUAAGCUGCUAGACACCUUUAAGGCCAAGAACUCUGAAAGUACUAGAGUCUCUACUGUCGGAGAGUUGACCAAAUUGUUCAAGGACCAAGGUUUCAACAAGCCUGACAAGAUCCGUGUCAUCGAGAUCAUGUUGGAGACUAUGGAUGCUCCAAUUUCCUUAGUCAAGCAAGCUGAAAUCACUGCCAAGACCAACGCAGCUUAA